AUACCUCUUCUCCUUCUUCACUCUUAGAGGGGUUUUUUACCUAAGAAAGAUCGUUUCAAAGGUAUCAACUUUUUUCUCCUCCAUCCUCCGUCCGUCGUUGAUACUUUCGGCACCGUCUAUACACUUGUCUGGAAACAUGAGUCGUAAUCCGGAGGUUCUUUGGGCUCAGCGUUCUGACAAGGUUUACCUAACCGUCGCCUUACCUGAUGCGAAAGACAUUUCGGUCAAGUGUGAGCCUCGGGGUCUUUUCAGUUUCUCUGCUCUUGGUGCCCAAGGCGAGCGCUUUGAAUUCAGCUUGGAGUUAUAUGGGAAGAUUAUGCCAGAAUAUCGGAAGAAUGUAGGGCUAAGGAACAUCAUAUUUUCAAUUCAGAAAGAAGAGAAAAGCUGGUGGACACGACUGCUGAAAUCGGAAGAGAAACCCGCACCUUACAUCAAAGUCGACUGGAAUAAAUGGUGUGAUGAGGAUGAGGAGGUCAAAUCUGAAACGGCCUCUGAUGAUGAGAGUGCAUUCGUUAAUGAAGAUAGUGAAAGCAGCGAUGACGAUGGAUUGCUCUAUCUUCCUGAUCUGGAAAAGGCGAGAAGCAAGUAGCUUAACCACAACAACCAACCAACUCUGGAAGCUGAAGAAAAAGUAAAAGACUAAAAGCUGAAACAUAGUGCUUUAGUAUGAUUCGGUUUGAUUUGUACCUGAUUAAACCGACAACCUAGCUCCUCCGGUUUACCUCUGAUUUAGGUUUCGUAGGGUAAUCAACAUUAGUGGUCUCUGUUAUAGUGUUCUUGUUUCCCUGACUAAUUUUGGCCUUUUUUGGUAUGGUUGGUUUAUCUCGGAUCUGUUUUCAGGCUUGGUUCGGUAUGUGAACUCUAUCUAGAGUAGGAACUAGAAAGUAAUGCAAGGAUUGGACUCUAGUACCUUUUAAUUACUGUCUCUAUUUCAAUGGUUCAGUUUUCAUACAUAGAUCUUAUUAAUGUGAAGCUUAUGCUUGAACA